AUGUUAAGCUUCGAUGUACUACUAACACUCAACCAUUUCUCUCUUGUUAUUGAUGCUCAAGUAUUGUGUCGUCGUAAUGAGCGUUACGCGGAAUGCGGCAGAUGCGAAGCAACAUGCACCAAUCCCAACAUGGGAUGUCGACGGGGAUGUCUGCCAUCGAGGUGCGAAUGCGUUGCAGCACUGAACUAUGUCCGAGACCGACAUGGUGCUUGUAUCAAAAUCACCGAUUGCCAUGUCCCAACUAUGCUAAUCACUUUUGAGUCGGGGAGGGGAUUCCGAAAAAUAUUCGGGAAAUUAUACAACGUGGAGGACGAUAGUGGUGCCAAUUCUAAAGCAAAAAUGAAGGAUUCGUGGAAUGAGGCAAAUCAGCAUUCCCAUGAUGUGGCAGAUGUUCACAGUUACCCUCCUGAACACCCUCAAAAAGUGGCUAUUCGUUACUAUUCUCCUAGAUAUUCAGAAGAAGAAACAGGCAUUCAUAGCUAUCCACCGGAACUUCGAUUUCGUGACAGUCCCACCGACGUGUACGCUUAUCGAGAUCCUUCUCAUAGAGCAGGAAUUCAUAGUUAUCCACCCACAACGUCCUCGGAAAAAACGGAGGACAUCCACGAGUAUCCUCCUGACGAUGUGGAACAAACGGACUAUGAUUAUCUUCCUCUGCCUUUUGUUAACGACUACGGUAAUAUAGCCUCACACAUGUCAGGAACAUUCUACCACCACCAAGCCACGAAAGGCAACAGAAUUAGGGCGAGGGAGAGAGAAAGAUACGACAAGUACGAUCCUUUCAGUCCCCGUCGUUUUGAAAAAGCCAAAAUGCGGUCAAAAUUGAAAGAAUCAAGCAUCUUAAAACAAGUUCCUCCCGAAGUUAGGAUGAGCUUGCGGAACAUAGGAGGAACAAGUUCUCUUCGAGAACUCGCAAAUGCGAAGGUUUUGUUUGAUUUCGAUCAAAGCGAGGGUGAACUAGAGCGGCGGAAAGACGUUGAGGCUUCACCUAACCCAGGGCACCCAAGCCCAAGCACGAGAAUGACUGGACUUCUGUCAGGUACCACGCCUGUCAGGAGCACCAAUAUUGAGAAUCCAAAAGAAAAGGAACCAAUUAUCAAAGGUGUACCUUCUAAAGCAUCAUGGCAGCAUAACUCCUUUGCACAUUCUCUGCCAGCUGAGACUGCUACCGCGUUACCAUGGACGAAUACAAUUGGUGAAAUGGCUCGCAAACCACUACCACGGAGCCCAGGACAGUCCAAACUACUGCUACAAUGUCAUGGAGCCCUAAUACCAGCGAAUUGGCGUCAACGGCCCAAGGAACAACUCAGAGCGUUCCUUGUCGGUGUAAUACCGUUGUCCAAUCCGUGUCAGCACGAACUACUCCCUCGGUACCCAUGCCGACACAAUCUACUAUCACGGAACCUAGUCGCGCUACUAUUAGUGUAA